UUCAAGGCUUACGGGGAUGACUUCCAGAAGUGGAAGACGCACUUUGAGUCGUGGGCGUCGAUCAAUGGGUUGGCUGAGGUCGUGGCUGACGAGGCACUCCACGAGAGACCCCAGCUGACAGUGGUCGGCCCCAUGCCUGUACCACAAUACGACGACAACGGCAAGUGGACUGAUACCUACAGUCAACAGAAUACAGAGUGGGAUCUGCUGAAGCACCAACAGAAGGACGAGAUCCACAAGCGUCAUCUCCUUCACGCUGAGCUCUUGUCGGCCUGCAAGGGUAACGACACUGCCUUCAAUCUGGUGAAAAACGCACAGAUAGAGGCAGCAGCAGAAGACAAAGACCCACUGUUAAAGGUUGAUGGAUGGCUGUCUUGGCGAGCUCUGAUGUCUAAGUACAACCAGGUGUCACCCUCUGAGUUGUCGAAACUGCACACCCUCAUCCGCACGUACCAGUGGAAGGGCGAUGCGUCAAACCUCGAGCCAAACCUCGGCUACAUGAUCGGCAAGUUCGAAGAGCUGAAGUCUCUCGAGGCUCAGCGCGCCAAGACCGACGAACAGCACAAAAAGCUGGUGUAUGGCUUGGACGAAACCGACAAAAUAGCCGCCGUCAAGGCCAUCCUGCCCAAGUAG